AUGGCUCAAGGUUUCCAAAUACCUCCAGUGCCCGAGUUUCAGCCCGAUGCUGAACUAGGAGCGAGUCUUGUUUCAAAAUGGCAGACAUGGCUUGCAGAUUUUGAAAUGUUUUUAACUGCCAGUGGAAUUGCCAAUGCAACAAGGAAACGCGCUUUAUUACUUUACCUGGCAGGCAGUCGUGUUCGGGAAAUUUUUCAACAUUUACAAGAUGUAGGGAAUGCUGAUGAUUACGAUACAGCGAAGACGAAGCUUACCACCCACUUCGAGCCUCAAAAGAAUCGCCGUUAUGAGGUUUAUCGGUUUCGUGAGACCAAGCAAGAGCAGGGGGAAACAUUAGAUCAAUAUCAUACACGUUUACGAGCCCUUUCUACUGCAUGUGAAUUUCAAGAUUUAGAAUUCGAAAUCGAACAGCAAAUUGUUGUUGGUGGUAUUUCCUCGCGAAUUCGUCGAAGGGCACUACGUGACCCUACCUACGAUCUGAAACAAAUGUUACUGGAUGGAAGACGUCACAAAUUCAAAGCUCUUGUGGACAGUGGUGCUACAAUAAAUGUGAUUGAUGCUGACACUUUUGCAAAUCUAAAAAAUGUUAAGCUCCUGCGCACAAGCACAAAGGCAUAUCCUUAUCAGAGUAAAAUACCAGUUGAGUUUCUUGGAAAAUUCGAAAGCAUUAUUGAAACCAAGAAGAAAUGCACUGUGGGAACAGUCUAUGUGGUAAAAGGGAAGGACAGCGGAUGUUUACUCUCACUUCAGACUGCACAGGAAUUAGGCCUUAUUAAGCUUCAAUUAAAUGCUGUACAAAGCCAAAAUCUCCAGGACGACAGUCUAGCCAAAAUUCUACAACAGUAUUCUUCUGUGUUUCAAGGCCUUGGUAAAUUAAAGAAUCACCAGGUUAAAUUGAACAUUGACUCAAGUGUACCUCCAGUUGCUCAGCCACAACGUAGAAUUCCUUUCCACAUUAGGAAAAAGGUCAAGGUAGCCAUAAAAGAGCUUGAAAGUCAAGGAAUUAUUGAAAAGGUGCCUGAUUCUCAACCAACACCAUGGGUGUCGGCAAUAGUUGCAGUACCCAAGAAAGAUGGCAAUGUCAGAAUAUGUGUAGACAUGCGCGCAGCAAACACUGCAAUCAAACGUGUACGUCACUUGAUUCCAACAGUAGCUGAUAUCAGUUUAGAGUUGAAUGGUGCUAGAUUCUUUUCAAAGCUUGAUUUGUCCCAGGCAUAUCAUCAAUUAGAGUUGCACCCAGACAGUCGUUUCAUUACUACUUUUAGCACUCAUCUCGGACUAUAUCGUUAUACCCGCUUGAACUUCGGAACUAAUGCAAGCGCUGAACUAUUUCAACAUACGUUACAGCAACACUUGCAAGGAAUGGCUGGUGUUCAGAAUAUAGCCGAUGACAUCCUAGUUUUUGGAAGUACACGUCAAGAGCAUGAUCAGGCUCUUGAAAAUUGCCUUAAACGCCUUAAAGAGAAAGGUCUUACCUUGAACAAGUCGAAAUGCAGUUUUCUGAAUACUGAGUUAGAGUUCUUUGGACAGAUUUUCUCAGAGCAAGGUACACGACCUGACCCUCGCAAAACACAGGAUGUUAUUGAUGCUGCUAUACCACAAAAUGUAUCAGAACUGCGCAGUUUCUUAGGCAUGGUGACAUUCAGUUCCAAAUAUAUCGCCAACUUUGCCACCAUUGCUACCCCUCUCCGUGAAUUGACAAAAACAGGUUUCACAUUUACAUGGGAACAAAAGCACCAAACCGCAUUCGACAAGCUGAAAGUGUUAAAAUCAGGAGUUUUACGCACAGAAACAAGCGAUUUAAGAUAA